UCUUCCCAUUACCAGACGUGAAGACAACACGGCUAAAAACAAGUCAUUUUCACACGAUGUGGACUGCUUUAGAGGUGUUAAAUUUCGAAUUUAUGUAGUUCACAAAAUCUAGAUCAUAAAGUUUUUUCUUGAUGCUUUAUUAUUUUCGUGGCUGUGAAAAUAUCUUCACGUAAGUCUGUUCAGACACUGAUUGACAAACACACACUAUCAGAAUGGUGUCGUACAAGCGGCUUUUCCCUGAUGAUGUUCAGUUCUCUAGGGGGGUCUUGUUGGAUGAACCACGUCCUGUUCCAGCUGCAGCAAUACAUCAUGAAGCAGAGGAAACAUCAUUGCUUUCACGGAAGCUUUCGUGCUCUGUAACUACAGCUGUGCUGGUCAUCGGCUGUUUUCUGCUGAUCGUCAUUGGAGCCUGGCUCCUGGGCACCAUCUUCUGGCUGCAUCAUAACUCCGACCUGCUACCACAUAAACCCCCUCAGCCUGCACCACUACGAACUCCAGAUUCUGAAGUACAAACCGGCUUCGUCAACAGUACAGCUGCUCAUAGCCGUGACUCUUGCAGUUUAAUUCCUGAAGUGUGGAGGUUUGAUUGCUACCCUGAGAGAGGGGUAGUUGUGAUCAGAGAAUUGUGUGAAGCGAGGAACUGUUGCUUUAUUCCUGCCUCAUCAAGAAGAAACAAUAUUCCUUGGUGUUUCUACCCCCAACAGUUCCCUUCUUACUCACUUGUGUCAAUAAAUGACACAUCUCUGGGACAGAAAGGUACGCUUUUAAAGGAGAUGAAGACCUACUACACAGGAGACAUCUUAACUCUUGAGUUGGAGUCACGUUAUGAGACUGAAACACGCCUACGUAUCAGGAUUACCGACCCCUCUAAGUCACGCUUCGAAGUUCCAAUAUCUGUUCCCAGUGUCACCAAGAAGGCAGAACGUUCAGACUAUGUGGUAGAGGUUUCCAAAGAGCCCUUUGGUCUGAUCGUCAAGAGGAGAUCCACAGGAGCAGUACUUCUGAACACCACAGUGGCACCUCUCUUCUAUGCGGAUCAGUUUCUUCAGUUUUCCACCUCCCUGCCCAGCCAGUUCCUCUAUGGUCUGGGGGAGCACCGCUCCACCUUUCUGCACGACGUGCACUGGAACACGCUCACCCUGUGGACCAGAGACGUGCCUCCAACUGAACAGACAAACCUGUAUGGCGCCCAUCCCUUUUAUCUGGCCAUGGAGGACGGAGGAAACGCGCAUGGAUUCUUCCUCCUGAACAGCAACGCGAUGGAUGUGGUCCUUCAGCCUGCUCCAGCUGUCACUUGGCGCACCAUUGGUGGAAUCCUUGACUUCUACAUCUUCCUCGGUCCUGAUCCUGGCUCAGUGAUUGAACAGUACGUGGAAGUCAUAGGCUACCCAGCUAUGCCCAUCUACUGGGCAUUAGGCUACCAUCUCUGUCGUUGGGGUUACGACUCCAGCAGUGCCACCUGGGAGGUUGUCAAAAACAUGAGGCGGUAUGAGAUACCACAGGAUGUCCAGUGGAAUGAUGUUGACUACAUGGACCAGUUUUUGGAUUUCACUUUGGAUUCAACAAAUUUCUCCUCACUGCCUGACCUGGUCAAGGACCUCCAUGAUCACAACCAACGCUACGUCAUGAUCCUGGAUCCAGGUAUCAGCAGCGUCCAGCCUGAGGGCUCGUACUGGCCUUAUGACGAAGGGCUAAAGAGAGGAGUUUUUAUUAAAAAUGCUGAGGGGAAAACGCUUAUUGGAAAGGUAUGGCCUGGUCUGACAGCGUAUCCAGAUUUUUCUGACAAUGUGACCCAUGAGUGGUGGUACGACAACUUGAAGAGGUUUCAUGAAAAGGUUCCAUUUGACGGAUUGUGGAUUGACAUGAAUGAGCCAUCAAAUUUCUUAGAUGGGUCCACCAUUGGUUGCCCUUCAAAUAGUCUUGAAAACCCUCCUUAUACACCAGGCAUCCUUGGCGGUUUGCUGAGAGCUAAAACUCUGUGUGCAUCUGCAGUGCAGAAGUACUCCUUACACUACAAUGUACACAGCCUCUAUGGACUCAUGGAAGCUAAAGCCUCUGUAUCUGCUCUGAAGCGGAUCAUUCCAAAGAGACCUUUUGUGAUUUCUCGCUCUACGUUUCCCAGUCAGGGAAUGUACUCUGGUCACUGGCUGGGAGACAAUAGGAGCCAGUGGAAAGACCUGUACACAUCUCUAGCAGGUAUCUUGACCUUUAACCUUCUGGGUAUUCCCCUGGUGGGAGCAGACGUGUGUGGCUUCAGCGAGGAGCCACAGGAGGAACUGUGUGUCCGCUGGACACAAGUGGGGGCUUUUUAUCCUUUCACACGCAACCACAACUCCAUAGGUAUGAAGCCUCAGGACCCAGCAGUUUUUAGUCCGCUGGCUCGUACAGCCAUGAAACAGGCUCUGCUGCUGCGUUAUUCUCUCUUCCCUGUCCUCUACACUCUCUUCCAUCAUGCACAUGUGCACGGACACACUGUUGCACGGCCACUGAUGUUUGAGUUCCCAAAAGAUGUUAAGACCUACGGGAUUGAUAAACAGUUCAUGUGGGGGAAGACUUUACUGGUGACACCUGUGCUGGAUCCUGGAGUAGACUAUGUGGUCGGGUACUUCCCAGAGGGCGUGUGGUAUGACUACGAUACGGGGAACUGUUUGCUCAGCAAAGGUGAAGAAAUCCACCUUAAGGCACCGCUCGAUAAAAUCAACGUGCAUUUGCGUGAGGGAUCUGUUCUUCCAGUACAGCGGCCCAACGUGACGCUGUGGGUCAGCAGCGGUCAGCCUUUACAUCUCAUCUCAGCUCUCUCUGAUGAUGGCUCCGCCAGUGGAGAUCUGUUCUGGGACGAUGGAGAAACUAUCGACACCUAUGAGACCAAUCAGUACGCUUACAUCACCUUCAGUGUCACUCAGAAAAUGAUGACAUCUCAGGUGCUGCAGAACCAUGUGGAGGCCACGUACAUCACUGUGGAUAAAGCGUCCUUCUACGGCGUGAAAGAGAAGCCAAACAGGGUGCUGGUAAACUCCCGUGAUGUACCAUUCACCUACAGAGACAACCAGGUGUUGGCAGUUGAGGAUCUCGGUCUCGCCCUCAGUCAGAACUUCACCAUUAGCUGGAUGUGAUCAGGUUCCUGUUUGGUGUGCAGUCGUACGACAGCUGUCAGGGAAGGAGUCAUUGUUGAAUAUUGCAGGGUGUGACUGGACAAACGUGUGUGUGUGUGUAGUGCGCACCUGCCCAUUUCCGGCGUACGCCUGACGUGAUCUUGAUGAAUGCGGCGAGUGGAAACGAUCGUAAUUAUAAUAAACACGCCCAUAAAUAU